AUGCAGACGCUCUGGACUCGCGUCGCCCAGGCCGGUUGUCGAUGUCCGCAAUGCCUCGCCUCCGCACCAGGUACUCUCGCCAGACGAUCCACCACCUCCGCCGGCAGACGCCCGCAGUACUGGACCUCAUCCACCCUGUGGUACUCGGGCAUCUUCGCGGCCGCGGCAACUCUCGAUGCGAAACAGAAGGUCCAGCGCAGGGAGAAAUGGGACCAGGCGAUCGCCGAGAUCAAGGAGGAGCUUGGUCAUCAAGAUGAGCAGCCGACGGAACAGGAGGCUGUCAAAGCCAAGAGGAUUGUAAAGUCACAACAAGUCUUUGAAGGCGAGGAGGCCAUACGCGAGCUCGAAGCGAACCUCGACAGCGGUAGAGCGCGCGAACUCCGACCGCGAUGGCCUACCAACACCGGCGCACCGCUCGAUGAGCGCUUCUUAGCGCCACAAUCCAUCUACGCUCCAGAUAGCCACAAGGUCAAGGCCAGCUCAAGGCGAUACAACUAUCGUAAGAUGGAGUUUAUCAUGAAUAGAUCGGACUGGCUACAGCUGAAUAUCAUGGACACCAUACGCAGGUCAGAAAUGAUCGAAGAGGCCGCCGAUGCCGUGCCCCCAGAGUAUGCUGCGUUGAUUCGGAUGCCAAGACCAUUCAUAUUGAGAAGCAUUUUCAGGAAGAACGAAGACUAUGACCGUAUUGUAAGGACGGCGGACGAAGACUGUUCGCCUUCUCAGCCGAUUCCGAGUCGUGGUGAACGGCUUUGCAGCUAUCACCAGGACGAUCAAGGUCACUUUCGCAACGUCGUAAGCGAGCUCAAUUCCACCCUUCGGUAUCUUUUCGAGCGUGCAACGUCCGGCACUUUGCUGAUGCCCGCACUUCUCGCCAAGAUAGCCUUCAACUUGCAGUGUUCUACCGCACCUCCGGAUUUGGACACCUACAAUACGUUGCUGGUUGGCUUCUUCAAUCUCAGUGAACACGAAUUGUUCGAGAACACGGUGCAUGCGAUGAAAGGCUCUCACAUGCGGCCCAACGAAGUUACGCUGGCUGCUGUUCUAGGCUACAACACCACCAUCGGCGACUUUGAGAAUUUCCGUCAUUGGGUCGCGCUUAUGCGGGGAUCAGUCAAAUCGAAACCACGCGCAUGGUCGUCGCUCGAUCAAGAGUACCGGCUGGGCUUGAUGGAAGCAAGGCCAGACAUCAUGAUCACCGAUGACAACCAUACUCGUCUGGUCCGGGAUGAGGCUUCUGGCCGGGUCAUACAACGCCCGCAUGCUAGCCCGAUAGUAUUUGGCGCUCUCGUCAAAGGUAUACUCAAGUUCAGUGGCUUCGAUGUGGCUCUUGGAAUCGUCCACAGUAUGGCGGAGGAAGGAUGGGGCUUGUGCAUGAAAGGCAUGGCGCCACUCCUGCAUGAUUGCGCUCUCAGAGGCGACUGGGCAGCCGGACUAUCUGUGUGGAAGCAGCUUCAGGCUUUGAAAACGAAAAGCCGAGAGCGCGUAGGCCGGCAGUGGUCUGAAGAGAAAGUUCCACCCACCGCCUUCGCGGAUAUGCUCAAAUUGACCUCAAGUUGUCGCCAACGCGAAAUCUUUGAUGAUGUCUUGCAGCAAGCUGAGCAAACACAUCCAUAUAAUAUGGACCAAAUCUUGUACUGGGCAACUUCACCGGACGAUCGACCAGAACGAAUGGAGCUUCCAAGGGCGCGCGGGGAGCGGCCUGCAUCGGACCCUGGGCAAGGCCAUGCAAAUUCUCCAUACUUGGACCCCAAUUAUGAAGAGAAGGAGGUGUCUGUGGAGUCGCAGUCACGGUCUGACGUGAACGUAGCCUUUCCGCAACUCGUUGAAGGUCGAGACAGCGAUUCAAGACUCAAAAUAAGAUACGGCGGAGUCCUGCCUCUCAAGAGCUCCACGACUACGAGAAUCGAGAGCGGCGUAUGA